CGAUUUCGAACACCCACACGAAAUCGCGCGGGCCUACAGUGCCUGCACUUGGACAUUGCCGCGCCCGCCCGCUGCCUCGACACCCCGCCGCGCCCGCCCGCUGCCAUCGACGAGAUAAUUUCAUCUGCCCAAGCAAGGUCGGAGAAUGGACAUUCUUCCAAGAAUCCCAACUCUGAAGGCAGUCCUGUUUGAUGUCGAUGGUACUCUUGCCGACUCGGACCCUUUGCAUUUGCUGGCAUUUCAAGAGCUGCUGGCGGAAAUCGGAUUCAAUGAUGGUGUUCCAAUCGACAAGGAGUUUUUUGUCAGAGUCAUUGCUGGACGCCACAAUCCCGACAUCGUGAGGGACCUCUUUCCGGAAUGGCCACCAGAGGAGCACACAAAGUUCUGUGAUGCCAAGGAGAGGAAAUUCAGAGAACUUGCAAUGAAGCUUGUGCCUGUGGAUGGGUUGCUUCGCCUUACUGCCUGGGUCGAGGAGAAGGGACUUCAUCGGGCUGCUGUGACCAAUGCGCCGCGGGAGAAUGUUGAGCAGAUGCUGAAGACUCUUGGGCUAGACAAAUUCUUCGAAACAGUGGUAAUCGGUUGCGAGUGCAAGCGUCCCAAGCCUUUUCCUGAUCCUUAUCAGCAGGCGCUGGAGUAUUUUGGGUUAAAGCCUGAGGAGGCAUUUGUUUUUGAGGAUUCCCCCUCGGGUGUCGAGGCGGGAGUUGCAGCAGGGAUGAAAGUGGUGGGUAUUGCCACGGGCAACCCAGCGUCAUCACUACAAGCAGCAGGCGCAUGCAUGGUUCUCUCUGAUUACAACGAACCGCUGCUAUGGAAAGCUCUCACCUAAUCGCAUCAGGGCCAUUGCGUUAGGAUCCAGACUUGGGUAGAUUGGGACAGGGAUUAGCAAUUUCGCAAAGAGGAAAGGCAUGCCUUUCACACACAUUGCGAUCGGUUCGCCAUUCCAUCAUCUCAUGGUUAUGCUGCAAAGGCUUCAGAAAGUAGUGCGGUUGAAUGGUAGCUGUUGCUUCUAGCUUGCAGGAGAGGAGCGCAAAAGAUAGGAUAGGAGAGGAUAGGAGAGGAGAGGACAAGAUAGGGGAGGGGAGGAGAGGAGAGGAAGGGAGGGGCUUUUGCCAUCGUCAAAUCCUGUGCCUCGGGACUUGAAGUUAACAGAAUUGAUCUCUCCAAAAUGCGGCGAAAUUCAUCUUUCUUGGUACAGCAAUUGCUGAGCAACUCCGGCUUUGGCAGUUGAUUGGGUCCUUGUAUCGUUCUUUGGGUGUUGAAGUAUGACUCCUUUUGGCAAAAGAAGGGGAACAGAGCCGUGAAGGUACAUGGAUAUUUAUUUGUGAGCCUUUGAGAAGUGUGAUUCUCUGUUGGGGCUCGGCAAGCACAGAAAACCAGAGUGGAAAUGAUCAUCACUCAUCUCAGGUUGGCAUCAGAUGCAAAGCGCCUGCUGAGCGCAGUAGCAAUGCGAGAGAUGGUAGGCAGGCGUAGGUGUGGUGCUGAUUGGUGAUCGAAAAACAGAAGCGGGAGAUGCAAUUGAGAUCGGACUGUAGAUGGCAAUUCCUAUUUUUUUCCCCCGUGCCCUGCCUUCUAGGCCUACAGCCCCAAAUUCCGAAGUACUUUUUAAAGUGGAAAAGGUAACCAAAGCAUUGUCACAACGUAGUUCUUGUACGGCAGCCCAUGCAGUAGUACCCCAAAUUCUGAACAACUUUUUAAUGUUGAAAAGGUAUAACCAAAGCGUUGCCGCAAUGUAGAUCUUGUACGGCAGCCCGCUCGGUAGUACCCUAUAUGCUUCUGGCAACCAUCGACAGUUCGUGGGCGUGGUAAGGAGUAAUCGGGUGUGACGAGAGUGUCUAGGGUUGGCAAGUUCCUUGCUUAAUUGGAUUUUCCAGUUAUAUGAAAUACGAACACUCCGCUUCUUCUCUUUUUUUCCUUCUUUUUUGUUAAGUUAUGGAAAUGGUUGCCUUUGUCAUGGGGAAAAGAGGAAAAGGAAAAGGGAAGUUAGGAAGCCCUUUUUUGGAGACAGGCGGUUCAUCUAUCUAUCCAGGUGGUUGGGUGCAGGCAUUUUUCAUUGGCAAGUUAUGGGGCUUUGAGUACAGGAAUUUUUACGCAUGGCAAAUCCACACGGUGACGUUUCCGGGUGCAUCUGACAGCAGUUAUGGGCAGAUUCGUUUGAGGAAGUUCCAGUGUCCUCUGUGUUGCUUCCCUGCUGUGGGUGGCCUUUCCAGAAUCCCUUUUCCCACCACUGUCUUUUUCAAGUGUUGGACACUGCGGUUGAAAUAAUAUUGCAAAUUUGCAAUAACAUACU